AUGGCAGCAGACCCUGAUGAAGCUGAUAGGGAUUUCAUUGCACAGAACAUGGACGCUGAUUUACAGUUCAUACUGAGUGAGACAGGCGUUUCUCUAAGGAGACAAGCUGCAAUAGCCAGGCGUUAUGGUACGCUGAGGAAAUUCAAUGCCAUUGGUGACGACCGGGCUCAGAUUCGUACAGCAUGUUUGCAAGACUUUGCUGUUGGCCAGGACACACCUGAAAACAGGGCUGAGGUAGCAGCCAUUGUGUCGGCUUGGGAAACGGCAAAGGAGUUUGUUGCAAAGGAGGUUGAAUUACGUGCUGAAGCAAAGGUCUUGGGUCAGCCAAAGAUUCUGCAGUACAGAGCGAAGAACUGGCUUCAUGGGUUGGAGGCAUCGGACUUCAACAAGUUUGUUGAUUUUAUUUUGGGAGAAAGAGUUUUGGGGAUUCAGAUUCCGACGUCGGAUGGUUCCCAACAGAAAGUCAAACCUGACUGGGCGAUUGUCCUCUCUUUCGAACAUAAACUGAGAAAAGAGGCAAUGCGUUUAGUGAUGCACGAGGGAUUUACCUUGGCGAAUGCAUUGCGGGCUGUUACAAGGGAUGCAGACCUCAAGGAGGCAUUUUUCACUACGCCAGUGGCGCUACGUGCAGCAGCCUCGGAACAGCCUCAAAACAAGUGGGCGAGAUUUAACAACAAGGGUUCUGGUUCUUCUUUUGGGUCUUUUGGCAAGACUGGAAGUCAGAAUCCCAAAGGGAAAGGCAAGACGGGCAAAUCAAAGGGCAAAGAUUCGCGCUUGGCAGGUUUACAAUUGGCAUGGCGCACACCUGAUGGCCGUGACCUCUGCUUUGCGUACAACUCUGGGUCAUGUGACAACAGUUUGACAGCAGAAAAAUCACCGACAGCAGAUGUUGCAGUGGUGGUCGAUUUGACGGUGAACGAAACUGAGGAGGCUGAUGAGUUUGACAUGGAAAGAUGUUGCAACUAUGGGAGUCCCAUCAAAGUUGAAUGGGAUGGCAAGGUUCAUGAUUUUAUUGAUGGUUUUGGUUUGUGCUCUCCAACACGUUGGCACCCACGGGCGCGAGGCCAUAAACGUAGCCUCGAGAUGAAGCAGCUGGCUUCGCAGACUUUUCAAAUUUUGCAAGAUGGGGUUUCGGAGGCACUGCAAGAUGUCAGGUUGGAUGCCUUCAAACUGGUUGCUGGGAAGCUCCAAUCCUCACCCUUUACAGAGGAGAUUUUGAUGAAGAUGCGGAAACGCAUUGCUGCGCUGUUGCGGGACCCAGAGGAUGCCAUUAUUCAAGAUACAGGGCAACCCUUUUACUUGAGGUUGCUUGCUCAGUGGUUGGAGGUUUACCAGGACCCAGAUGUUGAUUGCUUGGUGAGCAAUUCUGAUUCGUUUGCAACUGGAGUCAAUGUUGGCGUGGAAGAUCCCUUGCCGCGGUCCCCACAAAUCUUUCCUCCCAAAGUUAAGCACCGCAGAUUGGACGACACGGAGUUUAACCCGAUCGCUGACAACUACGUUUCUGGUCAAUUGUCAGCCAAAGAGUUGGAGGAGAAGUUCAGGGAGGAGGAGGCGUUGGGGCGAAUGGAGCCCUCCAAGAUGGCUGUGCUAAGGGCCAAGUUUGGGGACAAGUUGAGAGUUGCGGCGAUGGCAGCGAUUGUUAAACCGGACGGGGGGGUCAGACCCCUCCACGAUGCCACACAUUCAGUGAUGGUUAAUCAUGCCAUAACAUAUAGGGAUCAACUACAAUGUCCAGGCCCUGCUGAAGUUGCCACAGUGGUGCGUGAAGCAGUGGAAUCACGUGAAGCACCGUUCUGUGUGUCAGCUGACAUUCGAGCGGCUCAUCGCCUGGUGAAAAUACGGGAGGCUGACUGGCCUUAUAUUUGCUGCCGCUCCGAUUCGAAUUCUGAAACUGUUUGGAUCAACAAGACAGGUACAUUUGGUGUGUCUAGUGCGCCGUAUUGGUGGUCGAAGCUUUUCGCUGCUGUGGGGCGUUUUGUUGGCCAUGUUUUGCAGUCCUCAGUCUUUUGGCACAUGGUCUAUGUUGACGACCUCCAUGGUGCAUUCACUGGUAUGCGGAAGUUUGCGUGUCUUUGGAUUUGGUUGCUGGCAUUCGAGGUCAUUGGGACACCUUUUGGGUAUCACAAGUUCAAGGGAGGAUUUUCUUCUGACUUUGUUGGCUUUCAUUUGAGAUAUGAUCGUUGUGAAGUUGGUAUCACGACAAAGAGGGGCACUUGGCUGGUUGACUGGAUCAAGGCACUUGAAGGAAAGAAGUUUGUUGUCCCGGCACGGGAGUUCAGCGAGUUUUUGGGGCGCUUGAGUUUUGUGGCUCAACUUCUGACGUGGCUCAAGCCGCUCGGUGGCUUCUCCAGGUUUGGUCGGGCCCGUUUGAACCUUAGGUUGCGUUGGAGACCCAGAGAGGAAAAUGUCGAAGCUGAUCUGCUUACCAAUGAGAUUUUCGAAGCUUUUUCUCCUAGCUUGAGGGUCCCACUUUCUUUUGGAGAUUUCGAUGUGCGUUUGGUUGAAGAGCUCUGGGAGACCAAGUUACAGUUUGAUGCGGCACGUCAAGAAGGGGGUGGGCCCGCCCUCCUGAUCGAAGCUGUUGCGAACAUUUUGGCGGUUGGAAGGCAACAGGUGACCUGCCAUGCCAUGGAGUUUGCCCGUGGCGGCUUGCUUGAAUCGGUGAAGGAUUCACUAGGCCUUGUCAACACCUUGUAUGCCAAGAAACGGAAACUGAUGCAAAGGCCUCCAUUGACAGUGACUCAAAUUGUGCAUUUGGAGGGCCUGGUGCUUGACAACAACAAGACCGAGUUUGACAGGAUUGCAUGUGGAUUUUUCCUCUUCAUUCUGAUGGGCAGAUUGAGAUUCAGUGAUGGCCAACAGGUAUGUCAACUGAGGCUUGACCAACAACCUGAUGGCUUUGGCUUUGUGGAAGCCGUGGCAGCCAAGACAAAAACCUCAGUGAGCCUUGAACGGAAAACGAGGCAUUUACCGGUAGCAGUUCCGUUGUUGCCUUUUGGGGACAGACCUUGGUUGCCUACCUGGUUGGAGCUCAGAAAGAGGGCUUUUGGGGACUUGGCCAACAGCAAGGACGAGUUCAUCCCUUUGCUCCCUUCACCCUCUGCCAAUGGCGAGCGUCCCAACAAGAAGUUCAAGGGAGGUGGAAAGGCACGUGGAAAGGGUUUUGGGAAGCCUCAAGCCAAUCAAGAUUCGUUUGUGCGCAUCCCCAAAGAGUGCGAGCAGGGCGACGUUUUUGCUGGCUUACUGGAUUCACUGCAGGUCCCAAAGGGAAAUCAGUCUUUUCAAGCUUUUACACAAAUUGCCAAACAGUUGUGGCAUCCAUAUGACGAGCUGAAGAAUCUACCUGAAGAUUUGGUGCGUGUCCUGUUUCAACACCUCAGCCGGCCACCUGAUGUUAUCACCAGAGAACGCAUUGCAACUUUGACAAGCUGGGCAAGUCGUGCAAAAGCAUUGAACAACUUGGAAAAGCAGCUGAAAGCAGACAUGGAGCCCGACAUAGCAAGAAUCAUGGCGCCCAAGCGCAUUCUGCUUAUGAGAUCCAUUGCCACUGACAUGAACUGGCCUGAUCUCGGCAUUUUUGACGAGAUGACGGAGGGCUUCAAAAUUGUUGGACCGGUCACAGAGUCAGGGAUUUUCAAACAAGGAAUCACCCUGGCCGAGAUGUCACAACAACAGCUGCGAGACAAGACCAAAUUUCUCAAGCCGAUGAUCAUUGGUCAGGGCGACUUGCACUGUCUGAGUUGCGCCGGCAUGAAAAGUCUGGAGACAAGGAAACGCUUCUUGACGACAGGAGUGUUGAUGCGGCACGUCUUCUUUUUGAGCGCAGAUCAUUUUCUUGACCGGCAUGUGGCCUGGCUGCAAAUCAUGACAGUUUUGUCCAAGUUUCUCCAGCUGAAACUCAGGAUGGUGCUGUUCUCUGGCCUCGGCCCUGAUGCACAGAACCAGGUCAGUGUUGGCGUGGGUGCCCUUGCUGGAAGUACAGUGAUGCUACUCACACUGCCAUGGUUCUUGGCUAUCCUCGCUGGAAGGGUCUCUUUGAAAGAUGGAAAACCAACCUACCACCGACCUGCCGGUGCUGACCCCACGACUUGGGACAAGCUGGACCCUCCUGGCAAUCUGUCGUUGAUCCAUACGGGGAUUGGCUAUGGCCCAGAGAUUGUGCAAAAUGCUUGGACCAUGUUGUACACCAUGCUGGGGUACGUCAUCAUCCAAGGCUCUGCCUUUGUAGUGGACAAGAUGCCGAAACCCGUGGACCUCAGCGCAGUACAAGAGCAUCAUAUCCUAAAGCACGAGGCUCGGUACGAGAAUUCCUUUGCCCUGGGUGGUCUCUUCGUUUGUAUUGGCUUCUUCAUGCGGCCUGGCAGAAAAGUUCACCUCAUUUCGCAAGUUGGAAUUGCUGUGGGGAACUGCCUCAGAGGAAAGAGUCUCAAGGAAGUGGAGCAGUUAGUGACGCCAUCGCGGAGAGCACAAUCCAGGCGCAAAGAGGGCAUCCUGAGGGACAAAGACGGAUUCAGAACCCUCACCCUGAGAGGGGCUAUGGCCUCCUUUCGCGAUGCGCAGUGGAGUAGCAUGUGCAAGAAAGGAGACCUCAAUGAGGUCCUCCUCAGCAAGGAAUCCAUGGAUGAAGUGCGGCGAAUGUGCAAGGUGCUAGCGCCCUUCUUUGCCCACUACGAUUUAAAUGGUGACAAUGCAAUAGACUUUGAAGAGUUCAGGAUGAUCUUCAAGGAUGUUGGUGAAAACCUGUCGCGAGACGCACAGAACGCGAUGUUCAAAGCUGCUGACACGGUGCGAGCUGGGACGAGUUGUGACGACUCGGGGAACCGAAGUGGCGACAUCAGCUUCGAGGAGCUUGGCAAUGGGCUUGGGCCUACAGACAACCUCUGGAAGACUGGAUGCGUUCAGUUAUUGAACGCAAAGGUCAGUGGUGGAUACCAUGGUCCUCCUCAAGAGGGGCCAGAAAGUCCUGGUUCCCUGGAAUGGCUCUUGAGCGAAACCAAGGUGGGAUGGAAUGAACCUGAAGCUGGUGAUGUGCCAGAGAAGGUCAAGAAAGAGGACUUGGAUCUUCUGGUGCAAAAAUGCAUGGUCCAGCGAUUGUCCGAACGAGUACAUCUCCGAAGGAGAGUUGAAGUAAUUCACAACGGAGGAUCUCCUGAGCCUCAGGAGUCUUGUACUGCAGUGUCGAGGGGCUGCUGGGCUUUGCCUUUGUUCACCUGUGCUGUGGGGAUCCAGUCUGUUUCCCAGCCGAUUCGGAUUUGCUUAUCUGAGAGCAUCCAGCAUUGUGGAGCCGAGGCCGAAGAUGCCCGGCGAGAUGAGUCCGGCAGGUCGGGAGCUGAGCGGGGCUUCACUGCUUCAUGCCAUGUCGACAUGGAGUUCGUCGCUUGCCUGAUGUCCUUUGCAUUGGACCCCAACACCAACCUCCAGGAGACCAAGAAGCCGAAGUAUGCCACCAACCCCAACAACUACUUGAAGAAUGAAGAGGGUGAAGAAGAGGAGGAAGAGGAAGACGUCCCUGAGGACUUGGCAGAUUUGGAGCCAGAAGAACAGCAGAAAAGGAUCAAGAUUCGAGCUGCCUAUAAGAUGGCCCUUGGCACUCUUCUUGUCCUGAUCUUUUCAGAUCCCAUGGUGGACCUGCUGUCGGAACUAGGUGCGGCUUCAGUUGGGAUUCUCCACCUGGUGGACCUGCUGUCUUCGAACAAAGCUCUGCGCUAA